CUAUGAUUGUUCAUAGAGAGGGACGCUUCCACAUAACAGUGCAACAAGCCUUAUUAUAUGAGUAAGGAAGAGAUCACAAAAAAAUGUCUUCCAGUGGCACCCUCAGUAACUGCUAUGUGGACGCUGUUCUGGGCCAGCAGCAGCAGGAGGCUGUGGAGGAUGUGUACGGAGGAGCGCGCUUCAUUCCGGCUCCGCACACGGUGACCUCGAGGCCGUCAGGUGGUGGUGGUGGUGGUGGUGGAGGAGACAACGCAGACUACUCCUCUUCUUCUUGCAAUUUUGCACCAAAGUCCAGCGUUUUCUCGUCGUCGUUUCAUCCGCAGGGGAUUUAUCAUCCGUACAUGCAUCACCACCACCACCACCACCAGAUACACCAGUCUCAUCUGCCCGCCUCGGACGGCAGAUAUGUCGGCGUGCGCUCCUGGAUGGAUCCGCUCUCCAACCACGUCUCCAACCACGUUUCCUUCGCAGGAUUCCACUCCAGCAGUCGGCCGUAUGGGACAAAACCAGAGGUGUUGCAUCCACCGCCACCACCACUACAAGCACCACCAUUAUCACUACUCAAAGCCACAGAUUGCGACGCGUCGGAGGCAGAAGCUCCUCGUGAAUACGCGCGUGGAGUAUCGGAUUGCGCGGAGCAAAAAGCGAGCAAAGAGCUCAGUGGAAGUGAGCUUUCCAUCCACAGCGAGCCCAAAGAGGAGAAACAACAACAACUUGACCCAAACAACCCUGCAGCAAACUGGAUUCACGCUCGCUCCACGAGAAAGAAGCGAUGCCCGUACACUAAAUAUCAGACUUUAGAGCUGGAGAAGGAGUUCCUCUUCAACAUGUAUUUGACCAGAGACCGACGCUAUGAAGUGGCUCGCAUACUCACUUUAACCGAGAGACAAGUGAAGAUCUGGUUCCAGAACAGGAGGAUGAAGAUGAAGAAGAUGAACAGAGAGAAAACCAACGGCAGAGAUCUGCUAUGAAAUCACUGCACAUCUAUUUGACACACCAACAAGGAAGCCAUCUGAACAAUUAAAUUCAUUUUUUUUGGUAGGAGCAUGGUGGUAGCCAUUUUCAUUUUUAUUAGCCCUCUCUAUAGCUUAAUAUUGCGUGUCAGUGUCAUGAAGUGUUGGCCACAUAUGCGUCAAAAUAACAUGUGCAGGAAUUUGUCUUGGUGACAUUCAGACUGGAUCCGUCAAAAUACUGUUUUUAAAUGGUAUUUUCUCUGUUUUGCAUUUUACACAACAAGCAGUUUGAGAUGUGUUGAGCCUCUCCUCAGUAGGAAACUAUGUGUAUUGCUUUUAUAGUUGUUAAGAAUUUGGAGUUGUAUAUAUAAAACAUUUUCACAGCUGGAA